CGGGGUUAGUCUGCUCCGCUCCGGGUGAGGUUUACGAAAAGUGAGCGCUUACAGGUGUCCGGUCCUUUGCAGCCGGACUCAGAGGAGUUCCACGUCGGGCUUCCCAUCCCCUCCGCUCCGUGACUCUGCUGGCUGACAGCUGCGUGUUUUUCCGGGGGCGGAUUUCGCGUCUUUCCUCUCGGAAGACUCAGUGUGAUUUACAAUGACAACCGAAUCAGGCGCAGACUCUGAGGCCAAACAGCCGCAAGCGAAUAAGGAGGCAGAGAAGGGGAAAACUAAAGCAGCGGCUGACCCUGCCUCGCCCCAGAAACAGCCGGAGCAGCUCCCAGCAGCAGUGGGACACAGCACCCCGACCAGGAAAGACCAGGAGCAGGAGGAGGAUCAGGAGUCCCACAGGUCAUCCACCAGUCGCCUGUCCAAGUCUCCUUUGAGGGGCGUGAAGAAGGUGAAGAUGAUGCAGUGUAAGAUCACUCUGCUGGACGGCACUGAUUACACCGUCAACGUAGAGAAACGAGCCAAGGGCCAUGUGCUAUUUGAUAAAGUGUGUGAGCACCUCAACCUGCUGGAGAAGGACUAUUUUGGCGUCACAUACAGAGAUGUAGAGAAUCAGAAGAAUUGGUUGGACCCAUCCAAAGAGCUUAAGAAGCAGAUCAGGACUGGUCCCUGGAACUUCGCAUUCAACGUCAAGUUUUACCCUCCAGAUCCCUCGCAACUGAGCGAAGACAUAACAAGGUACUACCUUUGCUUGCAGCUGAGGGAUGACGUUGUUUCGGGUCGCCUGCCUUGUUCCUUCGCCACCCACACCCUGCUGGGUUCCUACACGGUACAGUCUGAACUCGGAGACUAUGACCUAGAGGAGAUGGGCAGCGAUUAUGUCAGUGAAAUCCGCUUCGCACCCAACCAGACCAAAGAGCUGGAGGAGAAAGUCAUGGAACUCCACAAGACCUAUAAGGGAAUGACACCAGCUGAGGCAGAAAUCCACUUCCUGGAAAACGCAAAGAAGCUGUCUAUGUAUGGUGUUGACCUUCAUCAUGCUAAGUUGGUAGGGAAUCUCUAUGAAAGCUUGGCUCCAGCUGAGGGAGAGGACUCUGAGGGUGUGGAGAUCAUGCUGGGAGUUUGUUCGAGCGGCCUCCUCAUCUACAGAGACAGGUUGCGGAUUAACAGAUUUGCUUGGCCCAAAAUCCUCAAGAUCUCAUACAAGAGGAACAACUUUUACAUCAAAAUCCGACCAGGCGAGUUUGAGCAGUUUGAAAGCACGAUUGGUUUCAAGCUUCCAAAUCAUCGCGCUAGCAAACGGCUAUGGAAGGUCUGCGUGGAGCACCACACCUUCUUCAGGCUGGUGUCUCCUGAGGCACCUCCAAAGAAGUUCCUCAGCCUCGGCUCCAAGUUUCGCUACAGCGGCAGGACCCAGGCUCAGACACGAAGGGCCAGUGCUCAGAUCGCCAGGCCUGCGCCGUUGUUUGAACGCACCUCCAGUAAACGCUACAACAUGUCACGCAGCCUAGAUGGAGCCCCCAUUACAGAGAACCAUGAGACUCCUGUGAAGGACGGCACAGGUGACGGUGUGCCCAAAGUUCUUGCCCAUGAAGACAUCAUCACCACGGUAACGACAGAGAGGAAGGCGGAGGAAGAGAAGGAGGAGCAGGAGGAAGUGCAGAAAGCGGCCACAGAGACACCGGAAGCGACGGAGAUGACACCGCUUAGACAUGACACAAAGCUCUCCCAUCUCGUCUACGCCAGUGACCCCCUCCGCUCCGAGCUCUCCCUCCCAUCAUCGCCCAUCCUGCCAAGCAAUCUGCGGCGGAGGUGCAGGGGGAGCGGCCGCAAGCGGGCUUCAUCGGUCAGCCCGGCCAAGAAUGGCAACGGCUGCCAGCGGCGGCAGGCCCGCGCAGACCGCAGAGCCGCCCUGCUGGAGGAGCAGGCGCUACUGCUGUCCGCUCGCAAGCAGCGCCUUGAGCAGGGCGCGCGGCGUGGCGGCACGCUCUUCUCCUUCUCCCUGCAUCUGCCCGACUUGUCCUCCGUUCUGGAUGAGGAUGGCUACAUCACAUUCCCCGAUCUGUCCGAAAUGCGCUUCAUCCCAGAGUGCGCGCAGAACUUCCUCCCCUUUAAGUCUCCGUCUCUCAUCCCCUGCUUCCUCUUCAUCUUCUUCUUCCUCCUCUCCACCUCCUUCUCAGUGCCCUACGCUCUCACCCUCUCCUUUCCGCUGGCGCUGUGUCUCUGCUACCUGGAGCCCAAGGCAGCCUCCCUGACCGCCUCCAUAGCCCAGGGCUACCAUGACCAUGACAGUUCAGAGGAAGAGGAGACUGACAGCGAACGUACGGACUUUGCCUGUGACGGAGACAUGACUGCCACAGAGUCGGAGGCUGAUGAGGACUCCGAGAUGCGGACUCAGUAUAGUUUCAUAAGACGAGCAAAAGGGGAAAAUGUUUUUAUCAGACAUAGUAACCUGAUGCUAGAGGACUCUGAGCCUCCACCUGAGGUGGUCAAGCAUCAGACCAACAUCAGUGAGCUGAAGCGCUCCUUCCUUGAAACUGGCAGCGGCAGCGGUGGUCCAGGUCAGACAGAAUGGGAGAAGAGACUCUCCUCGUCGCCUCUGCGCUCACCCAGAGCAGAUGAAUCUCCAAUGAUAGAACCUCUGGAACUGCAGGACGCUAAUGAUGAGCAGCCAACCGAGGAAGAGACGAAACAGGUGGUUGGAUCUAAAGACACUGUGGCGGCAGGAUAUCUGGUCAAAUACGUGCCGGAUAGCAUUGUAACCGAGGGGGCCACCUCCUCUGGGCCCCACGGUAUUAGCUUGUCGACCACCAUGGAUGAUGACGUCUUCAUAAAUGGGACAUUGAGAGAAGAGGCGGAGGGCAAAUCCCACGAGGAGGAGGAGGUAUCAGACAGGUCGGAUGUGAAGGUCAGCCCUGGAGCUGUGAGGCAGGAGGUGUCCCAGGCCAUCAGCGACAAGAAAGGCACGCUCAUUAUCUUUAAGCAGCCAGAGAAUAAAGAGAACACACAGGAUGAAGGGACAAGCGAAAAGAAGUCACUCCCGGCCCCAAUAGAGCUGGAAACCGAUGAGACCGAGAAAGAAACAGAAGCUCCUGCUGCUGUAAAAGGUCAAACUUCAGUAGUUGAGAUGCUAAGUCCAACGGUAGAGAUAAAGACUGGUGACACGGCCCAGAUUAAAAAUAUUGACUCUCCUAAGAAAGCAAUGGCAUCGUGGAUUUCUGAGGAGAAGGUGGAGGUAUCACAGGUCAUCGGUGUGUUUACAAAGAAAGUCGAAGAGCUGAAAACUUUGGAUGAGGUGCAGCAGAAAGCAGAAGGAAUCCAGUCUAAGCAGCUCGAGUCCAGCCUGACUCACAUUACAGUCUCUGAAGCUUCAGCUGCAUCCUUAGCAGUGUCUACUUUCGGAUGGGUUUCCCCCUCUCAAAAGGCAUCGGCUGACCAGGACGAGAAGCCGGUUAUUACUGAAAACGAAGCCGAGCCCGUCACAUCAAAGGUUCCUGAUGGCGUGGAUGUGCCUUCUAAAGACGUGCCUGUGGUCCACACUGAGACCAAAACCAUCACCUACGAGUCAGCUGAGGUCGACACGAAUGGAGAUGCAGACGCCGGGGUGCUGCUAAGCGCUCAGACAAUCACCUCGGAAACCACCAGCACCACCACAACCACGCACAUCACAAAGACGGUGAAAGGUGGAAUCUCAGAGACUCGAAUCGAGAAGAGAAUCGUCAUCACUGGAGAUGCAGACAUCGACCAUGAUGAGGCUCUGGCUCAGGCAAUAAAGGAAGCUAAAGAGCAACAUCCUGACAUGUCAGUGACCAAAGUAGUGGUACAUAAAGAGACAGAGAUCACGCCAGAGGAGGGGGAGGACUGACCCAGGAAUAACUGAGGGCUACAUCCACGACUCCACAGCGUAACGCCUGGACUCUCAGAAGGCUCCUCCUGUACGAAUGCUGCAGCUCGCUGCUCCACUCGCAAACAUCACUUGCAAAACCAAUGAACACACUCUGCAUGAGAAGGACGAGAAGUUGCAUCAUCAACCGAAUGCCCCGAUUCGUAUUUUAUCUUCUUUUAACGGUCCUCAAUCUGUCUGCACGCCUAAUCCCCGCGUGCAGCAAGCAAACCUGCUUUCACUGCCUUAUUACGACUUUGAUGCAUUUUUAUGAUUGCUGACGAUAAUUACUGUAGCAGCAUUUUAUUUAUGAAAUAAAAGCCAUCACUCCGGAAACUUGUAAUUGCUGUAGGCUGUACUUGUUAGAGAGCAAACACUAUUUAACCUCAGUGUAGAAAAAAAA